CCGCCCCUGCCUGCGCCGUUGCUGAGGGGAGGAGGAGGAGGGGCUUCCAUCUUUAUUUCUUUGUUUCAAACCCUUCAAACUCGCUAUUAUUUCCCUCGUUUCAUGACUCUAUCUCUGUCCCUCCGGGCGGGCAGCCCCAGUUGAGCUCACGGAGAGCUGUGGGAGGAUCCUCGGCGGGCGGGGAAGGCCUCAGUCGGCGGGAGGAGGAGGGAGGCGGACACCGGGAGAAUGAAGCGGCGGAAUGCGGACUGCAGUAAACUCCGGCGGCCGUUAAAACGGAACCGAAUCACGGAGGGGAUCUACGGCAGCACUUUCCUGUAUCUGAAGUUCCUGGUUGUCUGGGCAUUAGUAUUAUUGGCCGACUUCGUCCUGGAGUUCAGAUUCGAAUACCUGUGGCCAUUCUGGCUGUUCAUCAGGAGUGUUUAUGAUUCCUUCAGAUACCAAGGCUUGGCCUUCUCAGUAUUUUUUGUGUGUGUAGCAUUCACAUCAGAUAUAAUAUGUCUUCUAUUUAUACCAGUACAAUGGCUAUUUUUUGCAGCCAGUACCUAUGUGUGGGUACAGUAUGUGUGGCACACAGAACGAGGAGUAUGUUUACCUACAGUUUCGCUAUGGAUACUAUUUGUUUAUAUUGAAGCUGCAAUUAGGUUUAAAGAUCUGAAGAAUUUUCAUGUAGACCUGUGUCGACCAUUUGCUGCACACUGUAUUGGUUAUCCUGUAGUCACGUUGGGCUUCGGGUUCAAAAGCUACGUCAGUUAUAAAAUGCGGUUAAGGAAACAGAAGGAGGUGCAGAAAGAAAAUGAGUUUUAUAUGCAGCUCCUGCAGCAGGCACUGCCACCAGAGCAACAAAUGUUACAAAGGCAAGAAAGGGAAGCAGAAGAAGCCUCAAAGAGUUUAUCUGAAAUGGAUUCUUCAAUACUGUUACAGCACAACGGAGGACUCUCUUCAAAUAAAAAAAUCUCCAGCACAUUACCAGAGCUGGAAUACAAAGAAAAGGGCAAAGACAAAGAUGUAAAAAGACACAAUUUGGGGAUUAAUAACAAUAUUCUGCAGCCCACAGACUCUAAAGUACAGGAGAUUGAAUAUAUGGAGAAUCAUAUCAACAGCAAACGACUGAAUAAUGAAUUAGGGAGCACAGAAAACCUCUUAAAAGAGGAGCCGUGUUCCACUUCUAAGAACUACAAGAAUGCCACAGGGACUGCAAACUCCUCCCCUCGGAGCCAUAGCACGUCCAAUGGGAGCAUUCCCUCGUCCAAUAAGAAUGACAAGAAGAAAUGCACUAGCAAAAGCCCAAGCACGCACAAAGAUCCCACAGAGAACUGCAUCCAAAACAACCAGCUCAGCAAACCAGAUACACUAAUAAGAUUGGAGCAAGAUGUUAAGAAAUUAAAAGCAGAUCUUCAGGGCAGUAGGCAAAUUGAACAAGAUUUGCGGAGUCAGAUUGGUGUACUUACGAGCACAGAGCGCGGAAUCAGAAAUGAAAUGGGACAGUUACGACAGGAAAAUGAGUUGCUACAAAAUAAAUUACAUAAUGCAGUCCAAAUGAAGCAGAAAGAUAAGCAGACAAUUAGUCAGCUGGAAAAAAAGCUAAAAGCAGAGCAAGAAGCUAGAGCGUUUGUAGAGAAACAGCUUAUGGAAGAAAAAAAGAGGAAGAAAUUGGAAGAAGCCACAGCAGCCCGAGCUGUGGCAUUUGCUGCAGCUAGUCGAGGUGAAUGUACAGAAACAUUAAGGAGUAGAAUAAGAGAUCUGGAGAGUGAAUGUAAAAAGUUAACAUUAGACAUGAAGCUCAAGGAAGACCAGAUAAGGGAACUGGAGAUAAAAGUCCAGGAGUUGCGAAAAUACAAAGAAAAUGAGAAAGAUACAGAGGUGUUAAUGUCAGCACUUUCAGCCAUGCAGGAUAAAACACAGCACUUGGAAAACAGUCUCAGUGCAGAAACAAGAAUCAAACUGGAUUUGUUCUCUGCACUAGGAGAUGCAAAGCGACAGCUGGAGAUUGCCCAAGGACAAAUCCUUCAGAAAGAUCAAGAAAUCAAAGACCUCAAACAGAAAAUUGCAGAAGUAAUGGCUGUGAUGCCAAGCAUCGCAUAUACUGCAGGAACAAGUACCCUAAGCCCUGUCUCCCCACACUAUUCUUCCAAGUUUGUGGAGACUAGCUCAUCUGGACUGGACCCCAAUGCAUCAGUUUAUCAGCCUCUCAAGAAAUAAUCUCCAUCACUCUACUCACUUUGCCCAUCAGUUUUGUCCAUUUCAAGUCAUGAGAGUGCUACAUUAAAGGAGAUUCAAACUGGUUAAUAUAACUUUUUAUGUUUUUAAGAGGCUUUUUUAUUUUAUUUUUUUAAUUUUAUUUUUUUCCCCCACUGCCUUUCAUUCAAUCAUUAAAUGCUCAUGUUGCAAACCUAUUUAAAUAGCUUCUUUCUAGCAUCACAUCAUCUUGGAUUUAUCAAACGACAUUUGUAUUAAAACCUGUGAUGGGCUUUU